GCGCACGCACACACACAGGGCAGUGGGCGUGUCCAGGUGGAGGUGGUGGAGUAUAAAAGGAGAGGAGACCCUCUGUUCUGCCUCACACCAACCUCCUCUCAGCUGCUCCCUGCUACAGCUCCUCCUCUUCAUCACAGACUCUCCUCAUUCUGCUCCUCCAGCUCUACAGCUCUCCUCCAUCAUGGCGGCGCUGUGGUUCCAGUCGGUCUCUCUGCUGGUCUUACUGGUCGUAUCGUGGCCGGGCUCCCAGGCCGUCGCCCCCCCGCAGCACCUCUGUGGCUCUCACCUGGUCGACGCCCUCUACCUGGUCUGCGGCGACAGAGGCUUCUUCUACAACCCCAAGAGAGACGUCGACCCUCUGCUGGGUUUCCUCCCUCCGAAGGCGGGCGGAGCUGCGGCGACGGGCGGCGAGAACGAAGUGGCCGAGUUCGCCUUCAAGGACCAGAUGGAGAUGAUGGUGAAGCGAGGCAUCGUGGAGCAGUGCUGCCACAAGCCCUGCAACAUCUUCGACCUGCAGAACUACUGCAACUGAACAGCCAGCUUAGCCUGAACCACCUGACCCUCCACCCACCCUCCCUCCAUCAGAGGAGCGACGGCGCCGUCCUCUCUCUGAAAAACCAACCGCUGUCAAAUGAAGUGCUGAGAAACGGAUGAAAUUAUUUUUCCUAGAAAAUAAAGUUUCGUGAAUUGAGAAAAUAUCAGGA